AAGAUGGUGGCGCGCAAAAGGAAGCGUGCGGGUAGGAACAGUGAGGAGGGGAUCCCGAGCCCGCCGGGCUACUCAGCCAUUCCAAUCAAGUUCUCUGAAAAGCAGCAAGCUUCUCAUUACCUCUAUGUGAGGGCACACAGUGUCCGGGAAGGUGCCAAAUCCAACUGGCCUCAGAAGCGCACCCUUUUUAUUCUCAAUGUGCCCCCAUAUUGCACGGAGGAGAGCCUACUGCGCCUGCUGUCCCCCUGUGGCCCUGUCCAAUCUGUGGAGUUACAGGAGAAGCCGGACCUUACCGAGAACCCGAAGGAGCCAAAGUCAAAGUAUUUUCACCCCAAGCCAGUUCAAGGGUUCCAGGUAGCCUAUGUCGUGUUCCAGAAGCCAAGUGGAGUGUCAGCUGCCUUGACCCUGAAAGGCCCUUUGCUGGUCUCAACGGAGAGUCAUCCAGUGAAGAGUGGCAUUCAUAAGUGGAUCAGCGACUACACAGACUCCAUACCUGACCCCGAGGCCUUGAGGGUCGAAGUGGACACGUUCAUGGAGGCAUAUGACCAGAAGAUAGCUGAGGAGGAGGCUAAAGCCAAGGAGGAGGAAGGAGUCCCUGACGAGGAGGGCUGGGUGAAGGUGACUCGCCGGGGCCGGCGGCCUGGGCUGCCCCGGACAGAGGCAGCCAGCCUGCGAGUGCUGGAGAGAGAGAGACAGAAGCGCGCACGCAAGGAGCUGCUCAACUUCUAUGCCUGGCAGCACCGCGAGUCCAAGAUGGAGCAUCUGGCACAGCUGCGCAAGAAGUUUGAGGAGGACAAGCAGAGGAUUGAACUGAUGCGGGCUCAACGCAAGUUCCGACCCUACUGAACCAUGCUGAAAGGAGCUGAUGAUGCUGGCCACACAGUGGGGCUCGUUCAUGUGGACGUAGUGAUUACCUGGGACUUCAACAUACUGGAACCGCUGGAGAAGAGGGGGAGUGCGUGGUGAGGUGAGGACAGGAGGUGGCACUGCCUGUCUGUGGCUGGCUGAACCUGGGGAGCUCUACAGGCCCUGGGUGCACAGAGACUGUCCUGGCAGGUCAAGAGCGCCCUCAUGUGUCUUCCCAGACUAAGCUCCUUAGACCUCAAUUCACAGCACCCUGGGGGUACCCAGACACUAGGGACUUGGAGAGCACCCCAGGGGACUGAGCCAGCUGAGUUGUAAGGUAAUACAGCUAGGAUCUGAAGGGACCCAGAGGCUUGCCGCCAAUACUGAUCCUGGCAGUUAGAGCUCAACUUGGGAAAGGAUGAGGUGAUGUGAGCCAAAGCAGUCUCCAGGCCUGGUGCUCCUAAGAGGAAGUGCCAUGGUGGGAAAGUCCCAUCAUCCUGGCUUUGACUGCCAGAAUGUCUGCAGAGGCCCCAGAGUCAGAUAUUCAUGGGUGACACUCCCAGGAACUAGGACAAGGGUCACAGUCACAGCACAAGUCCCUUCUGCCUCCCCAUGGUGCUGGUAUCAAGAAAGGGAGAGGCAACGAGGUGACCUGUUCUGGUUUGGGACCCUCUGAAAUGUGGGACUGCUUGCAGUUAGGUCACUGAAUUGUACCCAGUCCAGGGGAACAUGUGAGGGCAAUAAAGCAAAGAUCUGCCA